ACGGAAGUAUGAAGAAUUUGGUUCUAGUCGCCAUACUAGUCUUUCGUUUAUUGGUCAUCCUUCACUUUCAUACUAUUCUCGAAGAACUUGCUUAUCAGCACUUCAUCGCUAUAAAAUUUGAAAGAGGCACUGUUCGGUACUGUUCUUGUUCUGUUUUAGAAGCAAAUUUGUUAGAUUCUAAUCGUGUUCGUUUGUCCGUUGUGGUACCUUUCUAUAACGAAGCAGAUUCCAUAGAAAAAUUGGUAGAAGCUGUGAUAGCUGCUUGCGAGGAGUCUCCUUAUGCAAGUCAAUGGGAGUUGAUCUGUGUAGAUGAUGGCUCAACGGAUGGAACAACGGAUAAGUUGAAAAGACUUUGCGAUAAAUAUCCAACUAUAAAAGGCAUAUCAUUUCGAAAAAAUUUUGGCCAGACUGCAGCACUUGCAGCAGGCUUCGAUAUAGCAUCUGGAGACCUCGUUGCAACGUUGGACGGAGACCUUCAAAAUGAUCCAAAAGAUAUCUUCCGUCUUAUUGAAACUAUGGACGCCGGUGAUUAUGAUCUCGUGAGCGGUUGGCGCCAUUGUCGAGAGGAUGCCUUUGUACGUAGUAAAUUGUCCAAAGCUGCCAAUUGGCUUAUAAGAUGGGUAACAGGAGUACCAGUUCACGAUUUGGGUUGCGCAACAAAGGUAUAUAAACGAGAAGUUAUAAGAGACAUUCAACUUUAUGGUGAGAUGCAUCGUUUCAUAGUAGUGCUCGCAAUGUAUGAAGGAGCUAAAAUUGGAGAAAGAGAAGUUUCGCACUAUCCAAGAAAGUUUGGAAAAAGUAAAUAUGGUCUGGAUAGAAUCAUUCGCGUCAUAUGUGACUUGACUUUCUUAUAUUACCUCAAGAAAUAUCGUACCCGCCCAAGUCAUUUAGUUGGUUCUUUGGCAAUCCUAUUCUCCGCGUUUUCACUUGGCCUUAUGGUUUGUGCUUCCAUCAGCAAGUUCUUAGGCAAAAGAAUGUUCAGGACGAAGCUUUCAGUUUGGUUACUAUUUCUGAUGACUUUGCAAUUAAUAUGGAUUGUGCUUGUACUGGGCAUCUUGGCAGAAGUUGUCACUAGAACGUAUUAUGAGUCACAAAACAAGCCAAUCUAUCGAGUCCGCAAAUAUUUCCCCGAGAAAGCCAAAAUUGGAUUUCAAUAAAGUGACGUCGUUUGUGACAACU